GCUCAUGGCAACCGUCGUAAAUAAAAAACGUCACGCAUCUUGCUAGUCGGGGCACUGCCUCAGUGGCAAAGCAAGUGAAAAUGGCCAUCAGAGCUGGCGUGGACGACAAAUAUUUGGAGCGCAUAACCUCCAUUCAACAAAGCAUCCAUCAAAGAGAGAAACAGAGGCUGCAGUUGGAAAAGGAGCUUUUUGGUGUUGCCAGACCUUAUAAACGAACGACCUCUCAGAUAAAAGGUUCCAAACUGCACGGUUAUCUCAAGCAAAUCUGUGUCAGGGAGGCACAAGCGAAAAUGAGAAACCUUGAGCUUUUGAGAGAUGUGGAGUGCCUUCAAAUUAGCAUGCAACAAUACAGUCCUAACCUUUUAGCUUUGCAACAACAAAAGGCUGAAUUUUCAGAUAAAAUUUCCAGAUUUGUGGAAGAAAUGAAAUCAACAAGGAAUUCAAAGCUGAAAUCUGUACAAGGCGAUUACAAGGAUAGCUCUCUCUCUUACAUAGCAGAGGAUUUUACAAAUGCCCCUACGGUCAUGUCAGUUGGCCGCCAAACCCCCAAAGGGGCCAACCAUGCAACUGGGAUCACAAGUGUACUCUCACACAAAACAUUGGACAGUUCGCCCAAUCGUAGCAUGUACUCCUGCAAAGGACUACCAAGUGGCCCUUUGAAGGACUUCUCAGUUGUCAGAGAGGACGCCGACACCAGCCGAGCAUAUUCAUCAGAUGACGGUUCAGCUCCAGACAAUUCUUCCGACGGCCGGGAAAAACCCAGAAAAAAGGCGCUCCGGUUUUCUCAAACUGCACCUAUUGCUAAUGAAGAUGAACUUGAACCUCAGGUGACCUUGAAGAGUCCUGAGAGGAAUCCAUCUCCAGGUAGCAACAAUGACCCUAUAGGGCUGCAGAAUCCUCCUGCUGAACACGUUAACUCCACAGAGAUUGCUCUUCAGACACCCUUAAUGGAAAAUUCAGGGGAAGGUGUUAGCCAUGUGAUGCCCGGAACAUCCUCUGCAAGAAAAUCUGAAGAUAUCUCAGGCAGGUGUGACAGUUUCAACUCCAGCUCUGAUGUGCAGUUGUCGGAGAGCACUGCGAGUGAUCUGAGCAUUUCCCUGUCACAAUCUGAGUCGGAGGAUGAUGAGGCUGAGGCAAGGAAUCCUGACUCUGGUGGAAGUUGCCAUAGUCCCGUCUCAACCGUCAAGGACACACCUCACUUACUUUCCCUUGAAGGACUCUUUAAACUUCUAGACUAUAUUGAAGGGCGACUCCAUGGUGAACAGACAAGAGUCUAUGGGAAUUUUUCACUUGAUGAAAGACCACUUAAUCGAAUUAUCAGUCUUUGUGACAGUGAAGCGGGCUUGCAUGAGGAGGACCUUGAAGCAUGUGGCGCAGUGGUGCUUCAUGAGCUCCAGAGGUUGUCAUUGAGAACAGAGAAGGGCUGUCUGCUCCCACAGGAGCUUGUGAGUGCACACCAAUCCAGAACUGAGCAUAUGGCAGUCAGACGACUGGGGAGGAGAGUCACAAUUUCAGCCGACACCGCCAUUCAAUACAUUCUACCUCCACAAAUGGAAAGCCUCCCUCCUGGCGCCGCUCGGCUGUGGGAUCGCUGGUUCAAGCACGCCCUUCUGCUCAAGGAGAGCCGUGUCCAUAGUACUGAGCGCUUGGUCGAGCUGUUUGCGCCGUUGCUGAUCGAGCGUCAUGCAACAUACCUCCACCAGGCCAAAGUGCUACUGAGUUCACAGUUUUCCCGGUCCAGUGAGAAGUGCCCCUCUGCAGAUGAGGAGAGUGACUCUACUUGUUCUUCUGGCUCUCCUUCUCAUCAAGCUCAUGGUGGAGAGGUCAAGUCUGCUAGUGGGAUCCUAAAGCAACAGAUCCAAGAACUACAAAGUGCUGAAGAGGACAGCCACGACGAAAGCCCUGUGGAAAGUGUUCCUAUUAGAGAGACAAAAGCAUAUCAGUUACUUAAGCGAUCAGCCAUGCAAGAAGACCUGGUGAGUUCUGAAGAGGAGGAGGAAGAAGAGGGAGAGGAGGAUGACCUAUCAGGAAAAAAUCGUGGCCCUAAAGUGGACCUUGGGAGGGCCAAACGCUCCUCACCUCAAGACCCUUAUCCUCGGAGAGACAAGGUGAACCCAAAGAUUUAUUCUGCUCUGCAGUCAAAAGAGUUCUGGGAGGAGUCGGAUGACAGCAACUCAGACAUCGAAGCAGCUUUGCGUCCACAACCUUUGAACACGAAUGACGACGACACAGAUGACUUCUACGACUGAAGCUCGCCCGGUGAUGUGUUAUUAAGUUCUACAUUUAUAUAAAAGAGCCUGUCCACAUGUUAGUUUGCACCAGGAUUCCUAAUUUACCAUUCUUCAUCGUAAGUUUGUUGUCAUAAAAACAAAUAAUAAAGUUGGCAACUCAAACGCUGUAUGUGAAGAGUUGCCCAACACUCUGCUCUUAA